AUGCAGAAUAUAGACAUAACUCAAUUAACAAUUGAAAUAGAUGUUCGUUGUGCUUUAAAGGAAGACAUCGGCGAUGGUGAUGUAACAGCUCAACUGAUUCCAAAAGAGCAAAUAUCGAAAGCAACUGUGAUUACACGUGAAAAGGCCAUUAUUUGUGGUGUUUUAUGGUUCGAUGAAGUCUUUCGACAACUUGAUCCGAUAAAUGUCACUAUUGACUGGCUUGUUAAAGACGGUGAUCGUGCACAAGCAAAUGAUUUGCUAUGUACAUUAGAAGGACCAUCACGAAUCUUAUUGACUGGUGAACGAACAGCUUUGAAUUUCUUACAAUUUCUUUCAGGUAUCGCUACUCGAUGUCGACAUUAUGCAGAUUUAGUUCAAGAAACAAAAGUUCAACUACGUGAUACACGAAAAACCAUACCCGGUUUGCGUCUGGCUGAAAAGUAUGCUGUUACACAAGGCGGUUGUCAUAAUCAUCGUUGGGGACUUUAUGAUGCAUUUUUAAUCAAGGAAAAUCAUAUUGCCGCGUGUGAUAAUAAUAUCACAAAAGCUGUUCAACGUGCACGAGAGAUCACAUCGAAGAAACCGAUUGAAGUUGAAGUUGAAAAUCUUGAUGAAUUGAAACAAGCAUUAGAUACAAAUGUUGAAAUGAUUUUACUGGAUAACAUGAGUUUAGAUGAAAUGCGUCAAGCUGUUCAAAUUACGAAUGGACGCGCUAAACUUGAAGCAUCCGGUGGUAUUAACGAGACAACAUUGUGUGCCGUUGCACAAACCGGAGUUGAUUAUAUUGCGAUCGGGACUUUGACCAAAGAUGUCAAAGCGAUCGAUUUAUCCAUGCGAUUCCAGUCUCAAUAA